AUGUGGAAGUUUCAUAUUUUGUUAGCAGUAUGCCUCUUCACAGCUGAAGCAAUUCCAAAACAUGGAAGGAUUAUUGGUGGGUCGAACGCUCAUAUCAGCCAGUACCCAUUUGCCGCAGCACUACUAAUAUCACGGAAUAACGAAGCUUUCCGACAGGACUGCGGUGGCACAAUCAUAAACAACAGAUCCGUUCUCUCAGCAGCUCACUGUUGGGUGGGCCACAAUGCCGGUUUCCGUGUUCGUGUCGGGUCUACCUAUGGGAACAGUGGCGGUGCUGUUCACAAUGUGCAACAUCACAUAACUCACCCGGAUUAUUUCUUUGAUUGGCAUAACAUACGGAGUGAUAUUGGUAUAGUUCGACUGGCGAGCGCUAUUGCAUUAGGAGGCAAUGUAAGAGCUGCCCCAAUCUCUGGAGCCAACUUCCACAUCGCUGAUAAUACCAACGUAAUGGCAAUCGGAUGGGGCGUAACUGCUCCCGGUGCAGGUCUAUCUGAGAUACUACAACAUAUACAGCUGAGAAUAAUUAACCACGGCACUUGCCAGCGCGCCUUUAAUGCACAUAAUGUGAACGCUAGGACUGUUUGUGCCGGCUGGCAUACCAACGGUCAUGGCAAAUGCAUUGGCGAUUCUGGCGGACCCCUUAUCCACAACGGUGUAAUUAUAGGCGUUUUCUCUUUCCUUGGUUCUGUCUGUGGUGAUGUACGUUGGCCAAAUGUAUACGCUAGAGUCUCUAGCUAUGUUAGCUGGAUUCAAAACAAUGCUUAA